AUGCUUCUGUCCAUGCUGCAGUUUGCUGAGUUAAGCUUUGGGAAGCAGAUGGUUGUGUGGUUGUUGACCAAGCUCAUGAUAUUGCAAGUGAAGUGGCUUGCCUUGGUCGUCUUGCCAUUCUUGCUCUCUGCAGCAGCCGAGGAUAAAGAUCCUUGCAUAGAGGCCCACCUGUUCUUCUCAAAGACCGCUGGUUAUGGUUGCCCCGGUCCCAGCUCCCAAGGACAUUUCCAUCCCCCAAUCAACCCUCUCCCUGUCGCCAGUCAUCAGAUGACCAACAAGGGAAAACAACCCGCCCACAGGACUUGCAGGUCCAGAGAGGACAGCCCAGAUGCCGACAAAGGCCACAAGAGACGCAGAGUGUCCAAGGCAAUGUCAAAAGCCUUGCUCACCGACACUGAGGACCAGGACCAGGACCAGCUUCCUGGACCUGUCAUUGUACUGCCAAAGCGGUCAAAGACCAUUGAACCUGCACCAGUUGCUCCACCAAAAUCAAAGGGAUCAACUCAAGGGGUCAAGAAGCAGUCCAAGGUCACCAUCGGCCCCAUGCCUGACAAAGGCAAAGGGAAGGCAAAGGCAGCCAAGAUCGCUGACAUUGCUGAGAGGCCAAUGUUUAUGACCCACCCUGCAAGAGCCUAUCAAGGCCUGCUCCAAGUGCCACAAGAUGAAGGUGCAGUGCAACUAACCAGCAUUAGCCACAUCAGCCCAGCAGCCCACCCACACUCCCCUGAAAUCCAAGGCCACAUUGGCCUCCAAGCCCAGGGCAUGCUCAAGGAAUGCCAGACAACUCCCAUCUUGGAGUCUGAGGAGGAAGCAGUGAAGGACACAGAUGCCUCAGUUCCCACUGCUGAAGCAGCUGACAUCAAGGCUGAUGUUGAUGCCAGGAAGCCUGCUGACAUUGAUGCCGAGAUGCAGGAUGUGGUCACUGGCAAUCAGCCUGACCCCAUCGCUUUGGCAGAUGACUUCCCUGCUGACCAUUGGCUGGAACCCACCUCUGACGACAUGCCCUUGGGCAUCCCCUCCCCCACUCCUGCUGCUGACCACAUUUCCCUCCCCUUGGCAUCUUUGCUGCCGACCAUCAGCAAUGUUCAUGAAUGUGUCCUUGCCCUUGCUGCACAGGAUGCUCUUGCCAGGGUUGAUGCUAUGGAGAGAGAUUUCAAGACCUGCAUGUUGCCAAUGCGUGCGGAGUUCUCUCAGAUGCAGCAAGAUGUCGGCCACACUGUCACAGUUGUUGAUGGCCUGGUUGGCUUGGUUGAGAAGCUUCGCCAGGCACACUGCCAGCAAUCCAUCCUUCCCAGCACUGACCAUCAGCAACCUUGGUCCUACUGUGGCCACCAUGCAGGUGCAAGCCUUGGGCAUGGAGUUUUUGAAUGGAGUGUAUGGUCCUUUGCUUCUCACCCUUUUGGUUGUCUUGACGUCCAAGGCACCACCUUCAUGUCCAGCCAAGCUGCCUCAGUCUCAGCACUUGCCAGUCCUUCAUUGGCUCCUCCUCAGGUUGGACCAUGUUCUGCCUUGUCAUUGCCUCCAUCUGCUGCACAGUCUGUCCCUUAA